CUGUUCGGUAACGCUUUUUAGUGCAAAUUCCAAAUUAUAGUAUAUGACAAUAGUUUUUUUAUAGCAAAAAAAAAGACACAUACCUACUGUAAUGAAGACAUCUAUUAACAUUGAAUUUGGUCAACUGUUAGAGUCUUUAUUCAAAUCAACCAGCAACAUGAAACCAUUGUUUAUAAUAAUAAUAUCAAAAUUCUUAAUUUUCUCUGAAUGUCGUCAAUCAGUAUUUGAAACUUUUUUUGACAAUUAUAACUCAGCUCUUUCAAACUCCCCUAUUCGAGAUACAGAAAACUUUUCAAAGGAAUAUGAUUUUAUAAUUGUGGGGGCUGGAUCCGGGGGAUCUGUUUUAGCAAAUAGACUCUCUGCAGAAAACUGGAGCAUUUUGUUAUUAGAAGUAGGAAAAGAAGAAUCUGUAAUAACAGAUAUACCAAUUUCGAGUGCAGUUACUGGUAUCACAGGAUACAAUUGGGGAUAUCGCUCACAACCAGUAAAAAAUGCGUGUCGACGAUUAGAAUAUGGAGUAUGUAACUGGCCGAAAGGCAGAGCCUUAGGUGGAUCUAGCGUAGUUAAUUUUUUAAUUUACACUCGAGGAAAUGCAAAAGAUUAUGAUGAGUGGGAGAAAGCUGGUAAUUACGGCUGGGGCUGGGAAGAUGUUCUUCCAUAUUAUAAAAGAAUGGAAAAUGUCCAAAUCCCUGAAUUUCGCGAUUCGUCAUUUCGAGGAACAAGUGGACCACUUGAUAUUGAACAUGCCAACUUUCGAACUCCUCUAUUGGAUGCAUUUUUUGAUGCAGGUCGUGAAUUGGGGUAUCAAGUUAGAGAUCCGAACGGCGAAUCUCAAUUAGGUUUUUCGCAAUGUCAAGCUACGAUGAGACGCGGAAGGCGAUGCAGCGCUAGCAAAGCCUACAUACGACCUGCAGCUAUGCGUCCGAAUUUACAUAUAUCAAUGAAAUCAUGGGUUACCAAAGUGGUUAUUGAUAAGAACACAAAAACAGCUAUGGGAGUGGAGUUCUAUAAAAACAAUCACAAAUAUUUUGUUAAAUCCAAAAAAGAAGUUAUAUUGGCAGCAGGAGCUAUAGGAUCUCCACAUUUGUUAAUGCUGUCCGGAGUUGGACCAGCUGACCAUUUGCGUGAAUUUGGAAUUCCAGUUAUUCAAAACCUGCAAGUUGGACAAAAUAUGCAAGAUCACAAUUCGUUGUCAUCUCUAACAUUUCUUAUUGAUAAGCCAAUAACGAUCAGCGAUAGUACUGCUCAAAAUCCUUUAAAUAUUAUGAAUUACUGGUUCCUGGGAAAAGGUCCAUUAACGUUGCCCGGAGGAGGUGAAGGAAUUGCGUUUAUGAAAACAAAUGUUUCCUUUUUACCGGAAGACGUUCCUGAUAUCGAGCUUGUUAUGGGAUCUGGGUCUUUAAAUGGCGAUACAUAUGGCGCAUUAAGAAAGUUGUUAGGAUUUACUGAUGAGUUUUAUUAUUCAGUUUAUAAAGAUGUGAUUAACAAACCGGCGUUUGGCAUGGUUCCGGUAUUAAUGCGACCAAAAAGUCGAGGAUUUAUGAAAUUGAAAAGCAAAAAUCCAUUUGAAUGGCCAAUAAUGCAACCAAACUAUUUUCAACAUCCAGAUGAUAUGAAAGUUAUGUUACAAGGUGUCAAAAUGGCUGUUGAAGUAGCUGAAUCUCGUCCUUUUCAAAAAUACAAUGCAAAACUUUUGAAACGACCUUACCCAGGAUGUGAAAAUGUUCCUUUUAGAACCGAUGCAUAUUGGGAGUGUCUUUUGGUUAAUUACGGAUCCAGUUUACAGCAUCAGUCCGGAACCUGUAAAAUGGGUCCUUCUAGCGAUUUUGAUGCUGUAGUUGAUCCUGAACUUAAAGUGUAUGGAAUCAAGGGCCUAAGAGUUGCUGAUGCUUCCAUAAUACCAAUUUUACCCGCAUCACAUACAAAUGCAGUAGCAUUUAUGAUUGGAGAAAAGGCAUCUGAUCUGAUUAAAAACCAUUGGAAAAAAGAAAAUAGUGCGCUAACAAACCAAAUUGAAAUGGAUGACAAUGAAACAGUAUUGAAUUUAAACAUCAGCAAUAACAGUAUCCGUUGAGUAAUGCUUAUAGUUCAUAUGAAAAUUCCAAUAAGUUGAAUUUUUUACAUUUUUCGUUCAGAAGAAUUAUAAUUUAAAAUAUAAAAAUACCAAAAUCUAGUCAAUAAACUUAAUUAUAUUUUGAUUAUUCAUGUAUUUUCAACAUUGCCAUACUAAAAUGCGCCUCCCAUACAAAUAAUACCUCUUAACCCUUGGCGGUCACUACAAUGAAUUU